CUUCAUCUUAGUUUCUUUCAUGCAAAUGUGUAAUCUCUACUAAUCCUUAUGAGCAGAGCGAGGGCGUCCACAAAGCCUCACUGUGCCCCCGCUCGUGCGCGUCUUCCUCCCUGCAUCCCGCCCGCGCGCGUCUUCCUUCCUUGCAUCUCGCCCGCGAGCACGCCCCCACCAACCCCGCUCCCGCCCGCGCGCGUCUUCCUUCCUUGCAUCCCGCCCGCGACUCGACGACAGAUGGCGGGAUCCGCGGACGCGCCCCCACCAACCCCGCCAUCAACCUCGCCGCCGGGUACCCCGCCCCACACCAAACCGCGCCCCCUGCCCUCGCCCUCGGCCUUGAUGGCAGAGAUGGCGGGAUCCGCGGACGCGCUGCCACCAACCCCAUCACCAAGCUCGCCGCCGGGUAUCCCGCCCCACACCAAACCGCGCCCCCUGCCCUCGUCCUCGCCCUCGACGGCACCUUCAUGGAAGGCCAGAUACGCGGACGCGCCCCAUUCCUUACCUGGCAGCGACGACAAUCACGAUGCCCCUUCCUUGCCUCAAUCGACCGCUAUUAAAAGGAUGGACAGAGUGCGGUCCUUUGGAACCGAAGGGCGGAAGAAAGACGGAGUGCAGAUUCCUGCUAGCGACAAAGUUUACGAGUAUAUCCUCUUCUGGGGAACUGAUAUCAAGUCAUCACCACCACAGCCGUCACCACCACAAGCAGCUUCCCUGCACAAUGAUCCUGCCAUAAUCCAGUCACAUUAUUCUCAACCUGCAUCAACGUCAUCAAGUUUGCCUUCAACUGGGGGUGCAGUUUUACCAGACUUCAGCUCCCAGGCAGUUCAAUAUGGGCUUCAGAGGCCAAACUUCCAGAGUAACCUUCCUCUCUACCAACCAGGGAAUACUCCGUGGGGCUCUUUAGUGGCACCUCCAGCAGGAAAUGCUCCAUGGGGCUCUUCAGUGGCGCCUCCAGCAGGAAAUGCUUCAACACUUUUGGUUCCCUCAAUGUACUGGCAAGGGUACUAUGCACCUUCAAGUGGGCUACCGCAUCAUUUGCAGCCACCUCCUUUGCUUCAUCCAACACCAGGAUUGUCGGUUCCCCAGAAUCUCCAAUAUCCAGGACUAAAUCCUUCUUUGCAAUCUGGGCCGCAAAAGCUGUCAGAACUCCAACCCUCAUUGAUGCAACACUGACUACAACUUUAGUUUUCCGAGACAUUGAUAUCAUUGAUGCAUAUGUCUCCAUGUGUGUUCUGUUCUCUCUCUUUUUUUAGCAAGGAUUCUUCUCUCUGAGAAAAAAUCCUGGUGCAUGCUAUCAUGAUGUUCGAUUUGAGCUUCAUUUACGUCCUUUUCUUACCAAAUUUAUACUAUCUAGCUAGAGCUUGUUGUUAUUUUUACGUGACAUGUUUAGAUGACUAUUGCCAAUUGCGGUGGUAAAGCAAACAUGCAUAUGUGGCCUACUUGUAUCUA